AUGGAAGUUGACAAACUAGAUCAUGAAAUAAGAGUGAAGGAACAAGAAGAAGAAGAAGAGGAGGAGGAGGAAGAAGUUUUUUAUACCCCAGGACCAAAAGAAUUAUAUGAUGUUAGAUUAGAAGUACUAAAUUAUUCAUUGAAACAAUCAGCUAUUCGAUUACAAAAACUACGUCAACUAAAACAAUCCACCACAACCACCACACCAACAACAACACUAACAACUGGAAUACCUUCACAAGAUGAAAUUAAUAUAUUAAAAUCAAGACGUCAAUUAAAUUCUAACCUAUCAAAAUAUGAAAUUUAUGGAUCUCAAUUUAUACCAGGAACUACAAGAACAAUAUCAAAUAUUAAAAUUUCUAAUAAUGAUAAAUAUAUUGCUUGUGGAUCAUGGGAUGGAUCAAUAAAUUUAUUAAAUAGUCAAGAUUUAUCAAUUUUUAAAAAAACUCCAUCAGGUUUCCAUAAUGAAAAAAUAUCAGGAUUAAGUUGGAACAAUAAUGAUAAUCAAUUAGUAUCUGGAGGUAAUGAAGGAACCAUCAAUAUUUGGAAUGUCAAUGAAAACAACAACAACAACAACAACAACAACAACAACAACAACAAUGAAAAAGACCAAAAUGGUUUAUUAUUAUCGUCACCAAUAGUUUCAAUUAAACAAGCUCAUAAUGAUAGAAUCACAAAAACAUUAUUUCAUCCAAUAAAUAAUUUAAUUAUUUCUACAUCAUUUGAUCAAACUUGGAAAUUAUGGGAUUUGAAUAAAUUAUCAGGACAAAGAGACGAUUUACAAUGUUUAGUUGAACAAGAAGGUCAUUCAAAACCUAUUUUUACAGGAGAAAUUCAUCCUGAUGGUGGAUUAUUUAUGAGUGGUGGCCUUGAUGGUAUUGUUCAUAUUUGGGAUUUACGAUCAGGUAGAUCAAUUGUAACAUUACAAAAACAUAUGGCGGGAGUAUAUUGUUUAGAUUGGUCACCUAAUGGAUAUCAAUUUGUCACUGGUAGUGGUGAUUGUAGUUUAAAAAUUUGGGAUUUAAGGAAACUCGAAAAUAAUAAUUCCAAUAAUGAAUUAUAUUCAAUUCCGGCUCAUACUAAAUUAAUUACUGAUGUUAAAUUUUAUCAUCAAAGUAGAGAUAUAAUGCAGAAACAACAACAACAACAAGAUCAACAACAAGAUCAAGAUCAUUUAUUGGGAUCAGAGUUUAAUGAUGGGAAAUUCUUAGUGAGUUGUUCUUAUGAUGGUGAUGUUAACAUCUGGUCAAGUGAUAAUUGGAUUAAAAUCAAAAGUUUAAGAGGUCAUACUGAUAAAGUAAUGAGUUGUGAUAUUAAUAGUACUGGUAAAUGGAUAGUAAGUAGUGGCUGGGAUAGAUCAAUAAAAUUAUGGAAAUAA